GGCCGGUGGUUCGCAUAGGUUUGCCUAUGUGCUGUAGGAGAAAGCCAAGAGUCAGGAGGAUCGUGUGUAUCUAUAGGGGACCGACCGAGCUGCAGGAUGAUGAGCACACUUGUUUUGGACCCAGACCCCUCCCAGGAAAAAGCAAGUCGCUUUUAUAUGUUGAAGUGGAUCAACAACCUGCUGAAGACAAGCUUCAAAGAUGUGCGACACAUGGGUUCAGGGGCCUCCCAUUGUCAAAUUAUGGACAUGGUUAUUCCUGGAUCUGUUGACUUGGCCAAGGUGAAGUUUGAUGUAAAAGAUGUGAACGACUACAAGCACAACUUUAAACUUCUCAGCGAGGCCUUCAGCAAGAUCGGCAUCAAAAAGACCAUUCCAGUUGAGGAGCUCAUUAAUGGAGAUUUUAAAAUUAGCUUUGAGAUUCUGAAGUGGUUCAAAGUGUUUUUCAUGGCAAAUGAGAAAAACGAGUACGACCCUGUGAAAGCUCGAGGCGGACACGAUAUCAGACCCAUUCUGGAGCAUUCCAUCAUAAAUCCCAAACCUCGUAGAUUUAAACAUAAAAAUAAUUCAGAACCAGAGGACAACGGCUCUGUGCAUAAAACAAAGCAUCCUUUCUCUGAAAAGUGGAAAGACAUGUAUGACUGGGUUGACCAGAGUGCCCUAGGAGAGCACUAUUCCUACUGUCGCACUUGUGAGCGGAACCUGGCGACAUAUCAUAAUGGCCUCAUUGAACUCAGGCGACAUGAAGGUACAAAAAUACACAAAAAAAGAGCCGCUGCUUCUCAGAGUGCCAGGCGGCCAAGCCAGUGCUCUAGGCCAUUGCCUUGCAGUGAAGCAGCCAUUCGAUUUAUUUACAAACAGUUUUACAUUGGCUCUGCUGAAGGUGAACAGGUUUCAAGACAGUUUGCACGCUUCAAACUUGGCUCACAGUACCCCAAAGAUAUCACUUCUGUUUGCCAGCACACACCCUAUUGUUUAUACAUUUAUGGUGGGAUAUCACUGGGAAAUGACAACCCCGUCUCUGUGGUUCUUGUUGGGUUUUUUGAUGUCAAAGCCUCCAGGCAGUGCAUCAGAUUUGUGGAUGCUCUUCAGUCAGCGGGUGGGGAGAAAGAUCAGACAGCAGCAGCAGUAGUGGAAACCUUGAAGAAAUUCAAGUUACCCUCAGAGAAUCUUGUGGCUGUGUACUGUGAUGGUAAUGGAGCAGCCUCAGAGCAGAUCUGCUCGCAGCUCAGGGAACUCAACCCCAACUAUGUAGCCUUAGGAGAGCUGUACACCAUAGCUGAUGCUGCUUGCCAUGCAGUAGUGAAGGAGCUCUCCAAUCAGGUUAAAGAGCUGAUGGGAGAUAUCCAUGCCCACCACUUAUCCUGCUCUACCAAGAAUGACAACCUCACUGCUCUUUUUGGCUCAGAUAUCAGUGCAGAGAGUCCGUCAUUUCAUGUCAACACCAGUUGCCUUAAAUUUUGCUUUUCUGUAACACAAAUGCUGGAAACAUGGACAGAUCUUGUAUCGUACUUUCAGUCUUGCGACAAGAAAGAUGACAAAGCCAACUCAAUCUGCUCCCAGCUGCAGGAUCCAAAACUCAGGGCAACCUUUAUGCUUUUGGAGCUGGCCCUGAAACCUCUGCACAGUUUCCAGAAACACCUGCAGACAGAUGAGGAAGCGGCCAGAACUGACAUGCUGCUUAUCUUUGAGGAGGCCAGUAGCCUGCUAGGCACCUACACCUCCCACUUCCUUCAUCCUCAAGCUGCUGCCCGCUUCCUCAAAGAACACGAUCCCCAAAUCCUCAAGAACAAGAAAUUCCACCUGUUGAACCCUGAGCUCAGCCUGGGUGGUAAAGCAGUGGAAGACUUCCUGAAAGAGUCUAAGGCUACAGACACACUGCCACUGCUAACAGAGGAAGUGUUGUCCUUCUACAUCACUCUCACUGGUUGUAUUGCUGAGGAGCUGCCCCUGAGUGAUGGGGUGCUCAGGAGUGUAGCGCAGCUGCUGAAUCCCCACAGCAGAGAGAAAGUGACAGGGAAAUCUGUAGAGGAACUUGGCACCAAGCUGGGGAUCUGCAGAUCGCCUGAGGAGGUCAAUCAGCUAACGAGUGAAUUCCUCAAGUAUCAGCUGGCGGAGGAGGAUGAGAAAGAAAACCAAGAAGUGGCAUCGCUGGAGAAACACUGGGCCAGUGUGCUGAAAGACACCAAGCCAAGCUCCAUCUUCAGAAAGCUUGUUUUGACCCUGUUGUCGUUCCCCUGUCCUCCACUUGACGCCCAGCAGGUUUUUACUCAGGCCCUGGAUGGGGAAGAUUCUGCACUGUUCUCAGAGAGUGAAUGUGACGUCACUUCUGACAGUUUUCUUUCUGAUAGCACGUACAACAAGGAAUCCCCUGUUUACACUGAAGCUCAGAAUGGGCACGGUUUGAGGCCGUGUGAAGUCCGCCUAACAAAGAUAAAUGAAUUAAAGGACGAGAACGGCGGCAUUCGUGGAGAGAUUGGCAUCAUUUGGAAAGAGACCAGUGAUGUCUCACCAUCCAGCAAAUCGACACCAAGAGGAAGACAGAAGAAGGCCUACCAGGACGGAAAAGGGUUUCCAGUGGGAGAGCUGGUGUGGGGGAAAGUGAAGGGCUUCUCCUGGUGGCCUGGGAUGGUGAUGCCUUGGAAAACCAAGUCCUCUCCCCCUGGUAUGAGGAGGGUGGAGUGGUUUGGAGACGGCAUGUUCUCCGAGAUCUACACAGAUAGUCUGCUGUCGUUAAGUUACUUCACCAAGUGCUUCUGUAAAAACUCCUUUGAUGGUUUGCCCAUCUACAAGGAAGCCAUCUUCCAGAUCAUUGAGCUGGCAGGUGAGCGCUGUGAGAAGUCUUUUGCCUCAGCAGGAGGGGAUAAAGAAAAAGAGCUGAAAUUGAUGUUGGAUUGGGCUUUUGGAGGAUUUUUGCCCACAGGACCAGAAGGAUUUUUACCUCCUGAUUCCUCUCCUAAUAACGGAAGUCAGGACUCUUCUGACUCUACAUUGUCCGACUAUCAGCCUCCAGCAAAAAGGAAAUAUGUUUUGAAAAGUAAAGCAAAUGUGGCCGCCAUUGUCUACAAUCGAGAAUUAAUACCAGAAAAGGCCAAACAAAAGGGAAAAACAAUUGAAGAUGUUUGUUUGUCUUGUGGAUCCUCUGACAUCGAAGUGAUGCACCCAUUGUUUGAAGGAGGUCUUUGUCUAAGAUGCAAGAUGAACUUCACAGAGACUCUGUAUCGCUAUGAUGAAGAUGGCUACCAGUCGUACUGUACCGUGUGCUGUGCUGGCCUUGAGGUCAUUCUGUGCGGCAAUGCCAGCUGCUGCAGAUGUUUCUGUAAGGACUGCCUUGAUAUCUUGGUGGGCCCAGGAACUUUUGACAAGAUGAAAGAAAUUGAUCCCUGGAGCUGCUACUUCUGCAAGCCGUCACAGUGUGAGGGAAAUCUCAAACUCAGACCAGACUGGAGUGUCAAGGUUCAAGACUUCUUUGUCAACAACAGUGCCAUGGAGUUUGAGCCUCACAGAAUUUACCCCUCCAUCCCUGCUGAUCUGCGCAGACCACUAAGGGUGCUCUCACUUUUUGACGGCAUUGCAACAGGAUAUCUGGUGCUGAAAGACCUCGGCCUUAAGAUUGAAAGAUACAUUGCCUCAGAGAUUUGUGAGGAUUCUAUCGCUGUGGGGAUGAUCAAGCAUGAGGGAAAGAUUGAAUAUGUGAAUGACGUUCGAACCAUCACAAGGAAACAUCUGGCUGAAUGGGGUCCAUUUGAUCUCUUGAUUGGAGGCAGUCCUUGUAACGACCUGUCCAUGGUCAACCCUCUUCGAAAGGGCUUAUUUGAGGGCACUGGUAGGCUCUUCUUUGAGUUCUACCGCAUUCUGACUCUGCUGAAGCCAAAGGAGGAUGACGACCGGCCGUUCUUUUGGUUGUUUGAGAAUGUUGUUUUUAUGAGUGCAAACGACAAGUCAGAUAUCUGCAGAUUCCUUGAGUGUAAUCCCAUUCUUAUUGAUGCAAUCAAAGUCAGUCCUGCCCACAGAGCACGCUACUUCUGGGGAAACCUCCCUGGCAUGAACAGACCUCUCGCCACGUCUCUGGAUGACAAAGUUAGCCUCCAGGACUGUUUGGAAGUCGGCCGUAAAGCAAUGUUUGACAAAGUCCGCACCAUUACUACUAAGUCAAACUCUAUUAGGCAGGGCAAGACGGGGCCGCUGCCUGUCAGCAUGAAUGGCAAGGAGGACUACCUGUGGUGCACUGAAAUGGAGCAGGUCUUUGGCUUCCCCAAACAUUACACAGAUGUGAACAACAUGGGUCGCAGUCAGAGGCAGAAGGUCCUGGGUCGCUCAUGGAGUGUGCCUGUGAUUCGUCACCUCUUUGCUCCUCUGAAGGAUUAUUAUGAAUGUGAGUCAAAUGUCCAGUAGUCAACCUACUGCCUUAUCCCACCCUGCAUUGCAAGGUAUCUCAAACCCACUUUUUUAUCAGAGACUUAAUUUAGUUGUAUUAUUUUGACUUAUAGUUAUGUUUCUUUUUUUAUACUGUGAUUUGUAAGUCAUCCAUGAUCCACCAGCAGGCACCGCCACUUUCCCUUUUUUGUUAGGUUUUUCUGUGAUAAAUGAUGGUGCUUUUAUACAAACAGUAAUGUUGCUCAGGGUCUGGACCAGGAAGCAAGUUUAGAUGGUCAGCCAGCUAUCUUUGGGCUUGACUCAGGUUUUUGUAUCAUGAAAGUGGUUCAUUUUUAACAGAACACCACAGGAGCAGAAACAGUCCUACAGACUCAACAUGAAACAGAGCUAGCUGCAUAUUAAUUUGAUACGUAACUUAGUGAGAUAAAUGUCCAGCAUUUUAUCUGAUUGACCCCAGAGCUCCACGGCUCUGCAGUGUUUUAGUUACUUUCAGGUCAUUUUGGUUUACACAGUUUUUAAUGUUCUGGUGCUAUUUCAUAAUACCUGUUUUAGGCUUUGGCAGGAAGUUGUUCUCAGCAAAAAGUAGUUGUAAUUACCUGUGCUGUCUAAGGAAGUGAUCAAAACUCUUAUGAAAGUCUAAUCAGAAAAAUUAAAAUGAACUAACUUAGAUGCCUUUUAUUUUUCAGAAAAUGGGUGCAAUUUUGACCCAUAAUUGAAAAUCAUAUUCAACUAUUCAAUUUGCAUUUCAGUUUCCAUCUUCAGUAUGCAUAUUCCUUGAAUUUAAUUGAAAGAGAAGGAAACUCAAGUUGUGUUUUUUCAGAAAUGCUCUGCAGAAAAGUUCUAAGAAUUUAAUGGUAUUGCUAUUUUGAAAAUCAACAUACAUUUACAGAAAUGUUUUUAAUUUUCAGAAUAUGUUUGCAAAUGAUAGUUUUUUAAUAUCUUCUGAAAAAUAUAAGCUAUACAGCUGUCUUUAUUAAAAUGAUACAGCUAUUUCAAAAUAAGAAGGCAUUAAAAGAAGGGCUUUUAAAAUAUCAAAUUAGUGAUUCCAUUUUGAGUAGGGUAGCUUUUUAGCAGAGCUAAAAGGAGUUUGCAUGUUCGAAGAGAAGAAUCAAAAUGCAAAAAGACUUUCUGUUUCUGUAUUUUAAUCUUCAAAUGAGACUUUUCAUUUGAGUUGACUUUACACUUCCAUAGCUGUCUGCCCAGCACCAAAAGACACACAGUUAGUGCCUCACUGGUAAAAGACACAUGCGACUUUCAGGACUUUGUAGAGACCAAAAACAGAGCUUAAAGACAGCCUUGUUUUAUAAAAUUAACAUACACGAAACUCACAGUGUAGGUCGUUUCAUGUCAAGUCAACUGCUGGAGAACAACUAAGCCAUGUCUAUUAAAAUAGCUUCUUCUAUUGAGGCUGACUUAACUUUAGUUAUUUUAACACUGUGUACUUUUGUGGAGCUCCGGCAGCAGUUAGGAGCAUUAAAUGUUUAAGUGUUUAUCACAGUUGAAAAGGAACAAAAUACCAGUUUUCUAGACCACUGUAAAUGUGAAUAUGCCUUUGAGGUUUGAAACCCAGCCUACAGCCUUUUUAUAGUGAAUAAUAAACACUAGCCUUAUAAUACAGUUGAUUCAGGAUCUCUCAGUGAAGCCAGGUGACCCAAAGAGAGCCAUCCAACUUGCUUCUUGGUCCAGUCCUCAGGUCUCUACCUCAACACUUUUUUAUUGGUUAUAAAAUCUGCAGUUUCACUUUUUAUAUUCUGUAUUUAUUUAUGAAUCUGAAAAUGUUGACAUUGUUCUCUUUUUCUACAUGAUCUGUAUUUUAUAUUGUUUCACCAGGGAUUUAGCUUCUGAUCUAAUCAUGUUCACUGUUAGCUGUAAUUAAUUUUAUUGUUUGUACUUUUUAUGAGCUAAUUCACCAAUUUUUUAAUCCAAAUGACAUUUUUCUUACUGCGGUGCACCAGGGACUUUAGUCCAAAACAACCUCACUGGGUUUGCACAUUUUAUCAGUUUUGAAAGAAAGCUAUUUAUACAAACCAAAAAUAUUUUGUGGCUUCUCAAUCAGAACAAACUUGUGUGAGUUUUUAUCAUAUUUUAACUUCGUUGUUUUAAACAUUAGUGUGAUAAGAACAAUACGGCAGAGAGCUGACUGACAUGUUGCACAGUGUUUCUAAAGUAGGGGUACCUUAUGGCAGUGGUUCCCAACCUUUUUCCUUGGAGCCCCCACUUGAUUGAAUCUUAAGGCGUUGUACAGUGCAUUUUCGUGAUAGUGCUGCAAAAGGCUCUACUGCCAUGAUGCCAUGAGACGGCCAUAUUGACUCCAGGAAUGCAUGAGUCUGACUGCUGGUUUGAUCUCAUCCCUGUAACGCCUUUCUCACUACCUCUAAAGAUGGCGCAGAGGGGGGCUGCUUCAUUACGCUUCCACAAUGUUCAUAGUGAAGGCCAAACGUCACAGAGGCAGAUAUAUUACGUCUUAUAUGGCACUUUAGGAAAGCCGCGCCUUCACUCACCGGUCAUGAGAAAAAAAAAGUUGUACAUUGCUGUGAUUCACAUAAAAUUUGAUUUAAUUCAGUAUACUCUGAAUUCAAAGUGUAACUGACCAAGUAUCCUGAUGUUUUUGAGUUAGGAAAAGAGGUCCUGAUUUUCACAUGAAGUAGGCUUUAUGGACAUCUAUGAAUGUUGUCAUAAAGUGUCAAUCAGUCAAUCCUAUCACCUUUAAUAUGAUACAUUUAGAGCACACCCACUUCCAACAUACCACUACAUCACUGGACAAAUCAAAAGUGGAAGUUUUAUGUGGCUGAAGAGCCACAUAAAUGAAACUGGAUCUUACUCCACUUCAGCCUAUUGUUUCUAGUCAUGCUAGGCUAGGACAGCUGGCUACAGCUUUACCUUGCUGUACAAAAAAAGCAAAAAAUCUAACCAUGUCAACUCAGCAUUAGAGGUGGCAUAAUUGACCAAAUUACACUGACAGUCCCUGUAAAGUGGAAGAAGAACUUUGUGUCUUAUCACUCCAGAUAUGUUGGAAUUAGGUUGCUGUAAACAUGUGAAAACAUGGAGAUCUAUGUGUGACUGAAUAUUUGACUUAGACUGUUGGAAAGUUGUUCACCUCUUUCUGGGCUCGGUUUAAUAUGAGCAGGGAAAAUAUUGAAGACAAUGACAUCACCAGUCUUGCUGGGGAAUUAUCCUGCACCCCUAACGCUACAAUGAUAUAAAAUCACUGAGCAGCUCUGUUAGCUGAUGUCACUGCCUUCAUUGAAAUUUAACAGUCAGAUACACGCUGUGUUCUUGUUCACUAUGAAGAAAGCCACGGUGGCCUACGGGUCAUUUAAAACUUCAUAAUGUUGAGAUUUGUGUCAGAAAACAGUAAAUUUAAUCCACAACUAGGGUCUCUCUGCUCUGGCACAGAGCCAGGCAGCUGUGUUCUGAUCAGAAGCUUUUUUUUCCAAUUUGAGAGGAUCCCAUUUCUCAUGAGAGCAGAUACUACCCCCUAAUUUUUCACGAUGUUAAGGCCUGAUUUUAAUAACGUAAAGAUGUUUUUCAUGACUGAGGUUUGGCCUGGCGGGUCAUAACACAGCGAUCUGUCAUACAACAAACCUAAAGUAAAGAUUUUUUGUAUCACUUUACAGGGACUUUAAUGACAGCCUUCAUAAAAGCUAAACAAGCCUUAUUCAUGUGAAUCAGUGUCAUGUCAUUCCUAUGCACACCCCUUCACAUGAAGAGUUACCGGAAAAGGUUGGGAACCAAUGUCUUAAAGUGAUCUAGACCUGCAAUGAUAAAUAAACUGUUAGUAGAUUAAAAGAAAACUUGUAGCCAAGUGUUUUUAGUAUUCUUUUGCCUUUUUUGAUGUUUAGUGUCUUUAAUAAAACCCUUUUUUGAUUUCUUUGUCAUUGUAAGUUAAUGAAAGGGGUUUUCUUUGAAAUUUUGGACAUUUGUUUGGACUACAGAGGCCUUUUGAAGAUGGCAAUUUGACAAAUUGUAAAGUCACUUUUAGAUUUAAUUGACUAAAUGAUUAAAGUAAUAAUUAUGAGAAUCACAAAUAUAUCUUAUUCACUUGUUGGCCUAAGAGGAAUAUUAAUAAUAAAAGUGAUUUUAAUAAAUGAAAGCUAUGCUUAAAAGUAAAGUUAACAUUUUUAUAAAGAACAGGAACAGCACUAAUUUGAUUUGUCUAUUCAUUUAUAAAGCAUUAAUCACUGGUAUGCUCCAUUAAAUUGCAGUUUGCAUGUGUGUCAUUCUAAAUUCUUUCCUAAGUUAAUUUGACCUUUUUAAAUUUGUAUAAUUUUUACAGUACUGUUCAGACGUAUGGAGAUUGUGAUUGUACAAAUGCCUGUCUUUUUUACUGUUUAACUGGAUCAUGUUGACUUGACUGAAGGUUCUGAUGGUGGUGCUCAAUCACUUUUCUUUUAAAGAUCAUGUUACUGUCACCUUUUUUACCUCACUGAUUGAUUGAUUGUUUGGGAUUCCCGAUGGUGCUAUGCUAACGGUGCUAACUCAGCAUGUACUGCUCUGUUUUGGUUUGAUCUAGAACCAGCUCAAACUUUCUCUCAUAGGUUAUGUUGUGGGAUUAUUUUGAUUGUUCAGUUGAGUGUUUUUUCAAAUGAAAUGACAGAAGUGAUACAUGGAAGUAUAAGUGUGAUGUAUAGCUCAUUUCCUUUGGAAUGAUUAGUGUCAUGGUAGGAUGCAGUAAAUAAAACAG